CUCACUCCCUGAGCUCUCGGAACCAUUCAUGCAUGAUGAUCGGGACCUAUCUUGGAUACUGUGCAGGUGCCCCUUCGCGCUCCGUGAGUCUUCCCGUACGUGAAUUCAACCAUGUGCUUCUUGUUCCUCGAGAACUACCAGCGUCGGUAAUAGGAAGCGGUAGACCAAGAAACAGAGGAGGAGCUCUGAGAGCGGCUAAUUCCGAUGGCGGAGACUCGUACCUUGAUAUGUGGAAGAAGGCUGUGGGUAACGAGAGAAAGAAUCUUGAGUUUCAUAGGAUUGUUGAGAGUAGUUCUGGAGGGGAUAAUGGAGGUGGUGCGAAGCCCAGCUUUGAGGAAUUGCAAAGGAAGAGUCAAGAGUUUCAGAAGAUUCUCGAAGUUCCGAAGGAAGAAAGGGAUAGGAUUCAGCGAAUGCAGGUGAUUGAUCGGGCGUCUGCCGCCAUCGCGGCGGCCAGAGCAGUUCUUCAGGAGAGUAAUGUGUCCAACCCGGAGAGCCAGUCGGAUGCUAUCGUCGGUGGAGAAUCGAGGAGAGAGCGCGGUGAAGCAGUGGGGGAAAAUCAAGAUGGAAUGAAGAGUGGAAUUCCAAAUCUGCCGCAAUCAGAAAGUCAGAGAAAGGGAAUUCCAGGUCCUGAUUUUUGGUCCUGGACACCGCCUUCAGACAGUAAUGUUCCUUCGAGUGAUGUCACGGGCUUGCAGGCGGCCAAAAAAUCUUCAGUUUUUUCGCCCAAUCCUAUUGCUGAGAAGGAAAGAUCUUUUCAAUUUCUUACAAUUCCAUUUCAAAGACCGCUUUCUCAAAGCAAAUCUAGUUCUACUCUUCCUCCAUUUGAGUCUUCACUAGAGGGUGAAAAACGAGAAGCCUCCAGGUCCAAUGUAGAGCUGCCUUCCUUGGAAGAGGAACAGAGACGAGAUGCACUGUUUGCUGACCAUGCAGCAGAAGUUGUUAAUGCCCUCAAUGUUGUGGACAAAUCAUCACCUAGUGGAGUGAAUCCAGACGGAUCAAGAUGGUGGAAAGAGACAGGAAUUGAGCGAAGACCUGAUGGUGUGAUUUGCAAGUGGACAAUGAAUAGAGGUGUUAGUGCUGAUAAUGCCACCGAAUGGCAAGAGACGUUCUGGGAAGCUUCUGAUGUGUUUGGCUAUAAGGAACUUGGUUCUGAGAAAUCAGGUCGUGAUGCAUUUGGAAAUGUUUGGCGUGAAUUUUGGAGAGAAUCAAUGCGGCAGGAAAAUGGGCUUCUUCAUAUUGAGAAAACAGCAGACAAAUGGGGAAAAAAUGGUAAAGGUGAGGAGUGGCAAGAAAACUGGUGGGAGCAUUAUGGUGGGGGUGGUCAAACAGAAAAAUGGGCGCACAAGUGGUGUAGUAUUGAUCCAAGCACACCCCUUGAACCUGGGCAUGCUCAUGUUUGGCAUGAAAGAUGGGGUGAAAACUAUGAUGGAAAGGGUGGCAGCAUGAAGUAUACGGACAAGUGGGCUGAGCGGUCUGUGGAUGGUGGAUGGGAGAAAUGGGGAGACAAAUGGGAUGAAGAUUUUGAUCUAAAUAGCCACGGCAUCAAGCAAGGAGAGACGUGGUGGGAAGGUAAAGAUGGGCAGCGAUGGAACCGAACUUGGGGUGAGCAACACAAUGGUUCUGGGUGGGUUCACAAGUAUGGGAGGAGCAGCUGCGGGCAACACUGGGAUACACACGUUCAGGAAGAUACGUGGUACGAGAGAUUCCCUCAUUAUGGUUUUUAUCAUUGCUUUGAAAACUCAGUUCAACUCAGGGAAGUUCCAAAGCCUCCUGAGAUACUGGAAGAGUCUUGAGGUCUUACUGGCAAAAUAUAGGCGCACGCCAUGGGGUCCUCUGAGAAUAGCGCUAAGAUCUGUAUAGACAGUAUAGUAUGAUCAUGCCGAUGUUUUUCUACAAGGGAAGUAAAGGCUACCUAUGUUUUUCAAGCCUUGAUAGAAUUUUGUAAUAUGUUUGCCGAUUUCUCUCAGCUUAUCGUUCAUUGAAGAAGUGUUAGUAACCAUAAUUGCUCUUUGUCGUCCUAAAGUACGGUUUAGCCUCUGUAAUCUGAAAUUGCAUAACUCAAAAAGGAUGUAUUUUGUUGGAUGGUGAAAAAUUUCAGGUUCAGGC